AACAUUCAACAGCAGAAUUUCUUCAUGGGUUAAGGACAAAGACAGCAUAAACCAAUGGAAGCUGCUGCUCCUAUUGCAGACCAUGGCUAUCAACCUCAGCAUAGGAAGCCUUAUCCAGACGUCAUUGAUCAUGAAAAUCCUUUUCCAAAGGGUUUUAAAGUGCCUGAGUUCACUUUAUUUUCCGAUGAGGUUGGUCAGUCCACUAUUGAACAUAUUGGACGCUUCACAAUACAGUGUAGAGAGGCGUCUGGAGAUGAUACCUUGAAACUCAAAUUGUUCCCUAGCUCUUUGACUGGGACAGCCCUUACUUGGUACCUCAAUCUACCUCAAAAUUCAGUCUACUCUUGGAGGCAAAUGGAGGACUUGUUUCCUACUCAAUUUUAUCGUUGUGAACCGGAAGUAUCUAUGGCAGACUUGUUGAGGUUAGCCCAAAAGCCUGGAGAGUCGUCUGAGGCAUUCCUUGCUGCAUCACAUGGAACCUAUUACAGUGACCCUAAUUUUGAUCUUGAUGUGGCCUAUGAGACGUUAUACAAAGCGAAGGAAACCAUGGGAGUAGAUGCAGAUCCUUUUCCAGCUAUGUCUGUUGGCAUGAAUGUUGCAGACCUAAAGAGUGUUGCCAGAAAUCGUAGUCUGCCUUAUGCUCAAAGGAACCUUACUGCUGAAGACUUGAGGUGGGUCAUUGAGGCGCAAAGGUCCAGACAUAGCAGAAGCAUCAGGCCAGAUCAGCAGAGGGUCGGGGGGCAAGGAAGGAUCAUUGUGACUAGGAACUUUAGCCCAGAAGGUGCUAGACGUCACUCAACUGGUAUUAGAUCUCCGAGAAUGGUCAAACCACCACUUAGGUCACUGUCUAGACAAUGGGAGAAAAAGGAGGAACUAAUCGUCUGUGAGUUCCCAGAACAGACAGAAGAAGAUGUAAUCAUUGUUCCAACCCAAAAUAAUGAAGAGGAGGACAUGGCUGACAAAAUUGUGUUUGAAAAACCAGAAGAAAAGAUGGCCAGACACAUUAGGCCACUUUAUAUCAAUGCUCACAUGGAUAGGACUCCAAUCAACCGUGUCUUGGUGGACAAUGGAGCUGCAGUCGUUGUCCUUCCAACUUGCAUGCUCUACAAAAUAGGCAAGUUUUUUGAUGAUUUAGUACAUACUAAGAUUCAUUCAAGUUGGUGUGUCCCUUCUACACUUCACCAGAAACUGAUUUUCUGGAAUGGUGGCAAAGCUGGGGUGAUGUCUACAGAUGAUAAGCCUUUUUUAGCUAAUACCCACCUGGUGGAGGCUAGAUAUUAUGAAGAAGACAUUGGUACCAUUCGAUUUUUUGGGAUGGAUAGACAUGGGAAGCCGAUUAGGAUAACAGCAUGCAGCAGACCGUCAUUGUCUAAGCAUGUUGUAGAGGAAGGUGAUGAAAUAACUUUGGAGAAGCUGGAUCUUGCCCCAGACAAGUUGGAUGAUUUAAAAGAUGAAGUUCAAGACCCAUUGGAGGAGAUCAAUCUAGGGUCUGAAAGUGAGCCAAAGGUAACAUUUAUCAACGGUUCUCUUGAGUCGCAAACACGAGAUCAAAUUGUCAAACUUUUGCAUGAAUUUAAAGACUGUUUUGCUUGGGAUUACUCAGAAAUGCCAGCCACACCAAAGGAUGAGUAUCCUAUGCCAAUUGCAGACUUGCUGGUUGAUGGAGUAGCUCAUCAUAAAAUUUCAUCCUUCAUGGAUGACUGAUGUCUCGCCUCAAAAUUAAUACCCUUUAGCUAAGCGGUUGUUGUAGCGUAGCUUUAGGUGUCGAAUCCACAGGGAAGCUAUAUUAAAUCAACAAAAAGAGUUGUCACAAUGAUAAAUUAAAUUAAAAGAUGAAUU